AUGCAAUUAUAUCUGUAUUCACGUCAUUACACAUUCAAUAAUCUCAUUUUUAUUACAUGUAGAAAAGGAACCAGAUCAGUAUCAAUAACGAUAUUAAAUUUACAUCCAUACACCCAAACUUCUAACGUGUAAGCAUCAAAAUGAGUAUGUAGGUUAGAUUAGUGCCUGGUUAUCACUACUCAGAUAUCAUGAUCAUUAUCAAACCACCCUCUAAAAACGUAUUAAACGUAGAUACUGAAAACCUUUAUGUAUACUGUAAACCUGAGAACCCACUUUCAUUAAUAAUCAAUAGCGGUAGAAACUAUGUCAGAUUAAACCAUCUUGAGCAAAUUACGGAAAAUGACACAAAAAUUACUAUAGAAGAUCUACAAGCCUCUAUAGACUGA